AUGGCGCCGGUCAAGUUCCUCUGCAGCUACGGCGGCCGGAUCGUCCCACCCCGCCACGGAGAAACCAAGCUCCGAUACGCCGGCGGGACGACCAGGGUCCUCUCCGUCAACGACCUCGACUCCUUCCCCGACCUCAUGUCCAAGCUCGCCGAACUCUGCGGCGAGGCCGCCGUCGAGCUCCGGUGCCCGCUCCCCAACGGCGAUCUCGAGACGCUCGUUUCAAUCAAGUCCGGCGAGGAGCUCGCCGCCGUCGUGGAGGAGUACGAUCGGUUCUCCCCUGGCUCCAAGAUUCGCGCAAUUCUCACCACAUCCAAGAAGCAGGACACCCUCGUUUCCCCUCCGCCGUCUGUGAUUAGCGCCGGCGGUUACUCUCCCUUCAAGAAACCCGCUCCUUCUCCCUCCUUCCUCCCGCCUUCACUCGCCGUCGGGCACCCGGUGGUUUAUCUGCACAACCGCGAUUCGUGCGGGUUCGGGUACCGGAAUUACUACCCGAAUUACGCGAAUGCUAAUGUGGUUUCGUAUUGGAAUCCCGUCUGUGAUUGCUUGAGCUGGCGCAAUUGA